CCUAUCCGAAAGGAAAGGAUUUGAUUUCGAAUUGUUAAGAGAUCGCUAUCGAUAUCGAGUGAUCGUAUUCACGGUGAAUCGAGUAAAUUAUAUUUCGCGAAAGAGUAUCGAGCAACAACUAAGUGACUAAUCGAGUGAUAUGUAUAUGUAUGUUUUGUAUAUAUAUGUAUGUAUAUGUAUAUACGCGCGGGUGUCCCGCGCGAAGAAGGCGAACGUCUAUACCGACGAACAUGUUUGUGCUUUUGCUGAGAAGACGAUAGGUGACAGUGAGGAAUCAGCUGAUCGUUUAGGGGCGCCACGCUCUCUUAUCCUAUCUCGCGCGCGCUUUCUGUCUGCCUCCCUCUCUCUUUCCUUUCCUCUUCUAGACUCCUCAUAGGAGACGACUCCUCUUCCUCUGACGCACGUAUACACGUAACCGCGCACAGUAGCUACUAUACCACGCGGUCCGCCGGCUGUGUUCGAUUUUCCCGCCAAUGAAACGUACGCACUCGAAGGUUAUUAUACACCGUUUCCUUCGAUUCAGUCAGUUACCAGUGUAAGUUACACCUUCUGUCACGAAUUGGUGCUCUCUGUAAUGGAGAUCAUUCUACUUUCUUCGUAAACGGGAAAAGGUGGUGACAAAGUGGAGGAGAAAGACUCGCUCGAAUCGUGUUCUCGACUGAUGGAAUUACGAACUUUCGACCCGAUGAUGAUCAUCGAUUUAUCGCCAGAAGAUCCAGUGCUAUGUGUGUACCCUUUUGCUUAUUAUAUCAUCGUGUGAAAAUGGAUUGUGAUAUAUUACUCUUUAGGUGAAAAAUGUUCACGAGAGAAACGUGAGACAAAAAGAGAUAAGUCGAGUGUCCGCCCUGAGCGGAAUCAGCAUUCGAGGAGAAGAGCGGCGUUCAAGAUAGUGUCGAAGGGGAGGCAUUGUUCACGAUACGUGCGUGGCCGCGUGCGUGCGUGCAUGGAAGAGAGAAACGGACGAAGGAUCUCGAGGUACGAAGGAGAACGAGGCGGAGCAAGGUGGCUCCGCUAACGGCACGAGCGGCGGUGAAAAAAUGUCAAGCGCCGCGGACAGUCCUGAUGGGAUGGCUUUGCAGUCGCACUAUUCCUUACGAUGGAACAAUCAUCAGACGCAUAUACUCCAGGCCUUCGAGGCGUUGCUACACGCGGAAUUACUCGUCGACGUGACCCUGGUCUGCGCCGAGACUAGUCUCAGGGCGCACAAGGUUGUUCUUAGUGCCUGCAGCCCGUUCUUCGAGAGGAUAUUUGCGGAGCACCCCUGCAAACAUCCGGUGAUCGUGCUAAAGGACUUCCCCGGCCACGAGGUGGCGGCCCUCAUCGACUUCAUGUACCGCGGCGAGGUGAGGGUCGGCCGCGAGGAGCUGCCCGGGCUGAUGAGGGCUGCGGAGAGUCUGCAGGUGCGUGGACUGGUGUUGUCGGAGCCGAGGCCCACGUCACCGCCCGAGACGCCGACCGCGGACCUCCUCCUGGGCGAACCCUCGACGCCCGAGGGGGCCAGGCAAGGGACGCCCGAGGAGGACGACAACGCGUCCGAGAGCACGGCUCCCCCGUCCACUCGUGAACAACCACCACCUGUCACGACACCCACCAUCUUCCACCCUGCCAGGGACCAUCGUGAUAUGUUGCCGCACAUGGGCCACUUGAACUUUGGGAUACGCGAGUUGCGUGAAACUUGUGGAUCCCCGCUUCUGCCGCGGCGCAAGCAGGCACGGCCGCGGAGGAGAUCGGUCGAGCUGGUGCCCCAAGACCUGAGCCGACCUCAUCCACCGCCCAGCCUCAGCCCGCCCGCGAGCGGCCUCGAUCUGACCGGGUCUAACAACAACAAUCAUCUGCAGCAGCAGCAGCAACCGCAACAACAACAACAACAACAACAACAACAACAACAGUCUCAGGGUCAUCGUCCACAGCGGGAGGGAAGCCCGCUCGGAAGGACAACGCAUCCGUAUCAGCAGCAACAGCAGCAGCAAGAAUCUCCACUCACACCGCAACAAAGCUCCGUGACGCCGAUAUUCCCGUUGGACGGUGUCGUGUCUCUGGGUGGUGGACUGUUCCCUCACGUAGGUGCCCUCGACAGGGGAUCCCUUUUGGCGGAUCUCCACGAUAGCUUUAAACCGGAGGCGCUGCACGGACUUUUCGGCGCGGCCAGCCUCGGGGCCCACCACCCGGGUAAAAAGCCAAAGAAGCACAGGGGCGAUGGCGACGCGGCGCACAGGUGGGGCGACCACAGUAGCCGGGGCCUGCCGGUGGGAAGGCCGAAGGGGCAGCACAGCGCCCCCAGGGGCGGGCCGCCCAGGUCUUGGACAAACGCGGAGCUGACCGAGGCGUUGCAGCACGUUUGGAACAAGAAGAUGACCACGUCGCAGGCAAGCAGGAUAUUCGGCAUCCCGUACAACAGCUUGUUGAUGUACGUGCGGGGGAAGUACGGGAAGAGUUUGAAGCUGGAACAGCUGAGGAGGGACUGCACGGGGGCCACGACCGGCGAGGUGGUCAUGAAUUCGCUUAACAACAACGACAAGGCCGUCCAGCCGCCCGCUCAAAUCAUCCACCCCCUCGCCGGCCUGCCCCCGCACCCGGGCGACGACGCUGGAUUCCCCCAUCACUCGUUGCUCGCGGGCAACCUGCCGCACGGUUUCUUCCCCGACUUUGCCCCCGCGGAAGCGUUGAACGAUCGUUACUCGUUUGACAAUCAUAUUCGAUAAAUCGAACC